AGCGUUUGCACACAAGCUCUUUGAGUUAAAAGAAGGCAGCAUGGUAUGCACACUAUUUAUUCCAUGUUUUGGUGUUGGGUGGCACGGACAUUGUGGCCAGCAUCACGUAAGGUAAUAGGUGUUUUUUGAGGAACUAUUGUGGCUUAGGCAAUGUAUGUACUUUCAUUUAAUCCUCACAGCAACUCUAUGAGGUAGGUAUUACCCUCCCUAAUUUUCAGAUAAGGAAACAAAGGCUCAGAGAAAUAAAUAAAGCCACUUUUUGUCCUUGGCAGUGAGACCACAGUGCCCGUCAUCUUCAGUCCUAAAGAAAAUGCUGUAUUUUUACUCUAGUAUUGAUUAUUUUCUUGUUUUCCUUCUAACAAAAAGUAGUUUAUUAUGUCCCAUCAACUUAAUCCUCACUAGUCUCAUUUACUGGCAAUUUAUUGGAGGGUAGAGCAUUAUAAGUGGGGUAAUAUGUUUCUCUCUCUUCCUAAAGAGAAGAGAAAAGGCUGAUUCUAGAAAGUGAAUUUUUUAGCUUAAAAUUGAGCAGUUUCCCCAGAACAUGGGUCAGUGGCAAAUUGUUGGGGCGAAUAUGGGUCAGUAGGACCAGGACCAAUAGGCUUACUUGCUAGUCAGGGGAAAACAUCCAUCUCCCCAGUGCCCUUCAUGACCUUACUCCUUACCCCCUCCCUACACUCUACCAUCCCUAUCUUUGGUAAAGUCUGCUCAUUUAUUUUAUUCCCCCUGUGCCCAUGGUCCCAUGAGAGAGGCGUUAGUGAGACAAUGAAGAGACAAAAAGUCAGUGGAAAGAGUAUCACAUCAGUCUGAGUCUGAACCCCUUUCUCUGAUAUGUUUCCCUCUGAGACCCAGUUUCCUUGUCCAUAAAAUGGGGAAAUCAUACUUAACAGUGUUCUAAGGAAUAAGAUAAUGUAUAUAAAGGCACAGUAUGUGUCGCAUAGAAGAUGAGAAGUAAAUGGCAGCAGUUAUUAAUGUGAUGCUGGUUUUGUAUGUCAUAAGUAGUGUUAGGGUGAGAAGUAAAAGAAGCUAGAGGUGGGGUGCAGAUGCGAAAGGAGUCAGUUAUUUGAGGAGUGAGCUCUUGACUGUCUUAGCUUCAACAACCACCAGCCUUCCACAACAGGCUUGGGUCCCUGGGCAUUUAGAGCUCACCCAGGACCCAUGGGUUUUUCUUUUUUCUUUUCUUUUUUUUUCUUCUCCUGAAAGGUGGGAAGCAGAUGUUCUGCUGGUGUUGCCAAUUCUUGGAGAGCUGGAAAGCUCCAUGAACUUCGUAAGCUAUUACCAUAAAUUGGGAAAGAGAACUACUCCAUGUUAGGCAUUGUGGUUGUGUAAUUUCAUUUCAUCCCUUACAACAGCCUUUCAUCCUCUAGCAGAGGCUGUGCCUUGCCCAUUUCCCCUGGGCACUCAACAUUCUAUUACAUACCCACAGUAACCUGUUGCAAGAAUUUGCAACUCUCUGCAUUAGCACUUCUCUAGCUUUGUAUUGGCACCGGCUGGGAUGCCAGGACUUAGGCCCCUGAGGCAGUCCUCAACCAGUGAAAGGUGGAAGCUGGGGGAUAAAUACUUGAGCUUCCUUACCUGUUAGGUGGGUGCAUUCUCCACCAGAGUUCUCACAGAGUUCCUCUGUGGGACUGAGCCUCACUAGCUGCCAGCAGCAACUUAGUUAUGUACAUUCAAUUGCUUUUCUUUUCCUUCCUACCUCACUUCCAGUUCCCCUGCCAGCACUUCCUGGAUCAGGGCUGGGACUAGAGUGAGGGGCCCUUGCUUUGGGUUCAUGUAAGGACAGAGUUGGCACUUACAUGAAGGUAAGAGGGCCUCUUUACCUUUUGUAGCUAGGCACACCUCACAUGGAUCACCCUCAUCCUAGCCCUGGCCUGGAUCACUUCCCAGUUAAGAUAUUUGCACUCAAAUUAGGUCUGCCUCUGGGGAAACCCAACCUGAGGCAAAUCCUAUGGAAAAAUUAGUCUCCAUGUUUUAUGCAUGGAAAAUUUAGGCUCAGAGAAGUGAAGAGAUUUGCCUAAAAUCAUACAGCUAAAUGGGAUGGGAUUCUAACCCAUGUGCCUGACACUAGAGCUAAUGUUCUGUGUACUUCACCACCUCCUACCUCCCACUUGAGUCCCAAAACUCAAUGGAAGUUUUAAGUUUGGAUGGGCUCAUUCUCACCUGUGAGGCAGAGCAGCUUUGGCCCUAAGUUGAUUUAGAAAUUGGACUGAGGAGAAGGCAGAUACUAAGUGGAGGGUAUACCAGUGGGAAGAUAGAAGAAUAUAUAAGCCCAGAGUGGAAAGGCUGCUGAAGCUAUAUGCACCAGGAAAGCAGGAAGAGGUUAUUUCGAAACUCUCAGUUUCAAAAGCCCUGUACUACUGAAGUUGUAGCUCUUCAAUUUAACACAAAUUAACUGAUACCUAUUACAUGUCAGGUCUAGAACCUGGGCCGUGGGAUUCCGAAGAUGAAUAAGGAACAUUUUCUUGGGAGUCCGUGGGGAAAGACAAACAUUAUUUUAAUAGACUGUUGUCAAUGCAAUGAUAUAAGCCAAUCCAAGACCCUGAGAUCAAUAGACCACACUCAGCUGGGGUCAGGGCCAAGAGUUGCUUCUCAGGAAAGGCUCCACAGCAUUGGUGAUGACUCAAAUAUAAUUUUUUUAAAUGUUUAUUUACUUAGAGCAGGGGAGCUGCAGAGGGGGAGAGAAAGAGAAUUCCAAGCAUGAUCCAUGACUCGGAUCAUGACCUGAGCCAAAAUUAAGAGACGCUUAACUGACUGAGCUACCCAGGCACCCGUGAAGUAUAAAGGAUAGGAAAAAUUUGGUGACAAGGCUAGAGAGGGCAAAGGGGGAGGUUAUUCCAGAUAGACCAGCAUGAACAAAGACUUAACAGCAAGAAGCAGCUUGAUGCGUGUAGGAAGUCUGCAAGGCACACCUGGAGUAAAGGGUGUGGAAGGAAUGGUGGGGAAUUUACUGAGCCUGUGUGCCUGGCUGCUGGGCGCUGUCAGCUGUGAAAAGCAAGACUAUGAACAGCUCCGAGUAGGGAGAGCCUAGCUCCUAGCCCAGCCCUGGCUGCAGCCCACCUUUCAAUGACCUGACCACCAAUUCCCAUCCCUCGGUUCCUCCUGGACAGCUGGAGAUUGGUACUAAGGGUGCUAUGAGAGAGUCUUGUCAGGAUUUGUCCUUCUUGUUGGUCAGUGGUCAUCUGGCGUCCAAAGAGAACUGCUGGCUACUACUAUGCCUCUGCUAUAGCCAGGACUGUCACAGCUGCUCACAGACCUCAAGCUCAAGCAACCUCCACCCUCUAUAGGCCCUGACACAGAACUUCCCCGACACUCUGCCUAGGGUAUUGGGGAAAUAGACACAGGACUUCCGGAAACAUGGAUGAAGAGUUUUGGCAUUACUUGUUAGGAACAUAUCCUCAUGCUGGCCCAGAAGACUGGACUCUGGCUGUCAGCAUGAAUCACAUUCAGUUCCAUAUUCUCUUCCAACUAAACUAAGCUGAGAGAGACUAGAGCCCUAGGCUAGGCAGGAUGUUAUGCUGUGGGUGAUGGCCACUCUGUCCUCCUGACCCCACCCCCAGUUUCCCUGCUUUUCAGAGCCCAUGUGUCUGAUUGGCACUAAUCUAGCCAAAACUAAUACAAGAGCCAUCAUCCCUGGUCUCCACCCUGGUGUCACGUGGAGGCCAUGUUCUAUCUGUAGAUAAUGGUAGGGUUACUGCUGUUGAGGUAGACCAGAGUUUUAAAAUUUCUGCUUACCAAUUUCUCAGAAAUGAAAAUUGGUGCAGUAUGUCUGGUCUCCUGUCUUGGUGGGUGUCUUAGCCUGUUCAGACUUCUAUAACAAAAUACCACAGAUUGGUAUAUAAACAACAGAAAUUUAUUAGUCUGUAUACUGAAGUCUCAGAUCAAGCAUGGUUGAGUGAGGGCCCUUUUCCAGGUUGCAGACUGCCAACUUCUCAUAUCCUCUCAUGACAGAAGGGGCAAAGAUGCUCUGUAGGGCCUCUUUUAUGAGGGCAAUGAUCCCAUUCAUUAGGGCUCUGCCCUUAUGACUAAUCUUCCAAAGGCCCCAUCUCAUAUCUUCACCUUGGGCAUUAGGUUUGCAACAUAAGAAUUUGGAGGGAUACAGAUAUUCAGACCAUAGGAGUGGUCAUAGUGAUACCCCAAGGUUCUAUGUAUUCAAGAAGACCAAUUUGGGCAAAAACAGCUUUGUGGCCAACAGCUGUACUGCAGCCUGAGAUUCCCAUUUCCUUUCUGGUAGAGAAGACCCAAGGUAUGAACCUACUUUCUCCCCCCCACCCCUUGGCCUACCAAUUCAAGGAUAGACUCUACAGUCUGGCUGCCACCUUUCCCAUUAUAUAUCCCCACCUACACAUAUCUUCUUUAGGUCUUUGGAGCUGCAUCCCAUUCCAUGAAGGUGCCUUGUGCUUCGUGAUUUUGUACAUGAUCUUCUCUUUGUCAAGGAUCACCUCUGCCAGCAUACUGCUAUUCUUCCUUCAAGGCUUAGCUUUCUCAACUUGCCCUGCACACUCUAGAACAGAGUUAGUCUCUUCCUCUUGUGUUCCCACAUUGCCUCUUGCACAUUAGUACUUCAACAUUUUAAUGUUGAUUUAUUUAUUUUGAGAGAGAGUGUGUGUGUGAGUUGGGGAGAGGCAGAGAGAGGGAAAGAAAGAAUCCUAUGCAGACUCCAUGCUGCCAGUGCAGAGCCCAAUGGAGGGCUCGAUCCCACGAGUCUGGAGAUCACAACUGAGGCUGAAAUCAAGAGUUGACACAACUGACUGAGCUACCCAUCUGCCCCAGUACUACAUUUUGGAAAAUUGUCUAUUGUACUGUACAUUUCUCAUGCUAGGCUCUUCCAUCUUUCCAGGGGUAAGCCAUCAACUCAAAACUCAGACUCUGAGUGUUUGUAAAGUGGACGGAGCUCCCAGCAUUACAGAGGGGAUGUCCCAGGGUCCUUGACCUAGUUCAGGGCUCCAGUUUCCUGCUUCAUCUUGCUUAAGUUUGCACCAUAGCCCUGCCUGUGCUGGGCUUCUCUUAAGGCAGACUCAGAAGGAAGUGCACCUUCCUGAAUUAACUGAUGUUCAGUUAGUGGUGGCCAAGGAAGAGGGUGGGACAUUACAACUCAGGUGACUUGUGAGUUUCAUUUCACAGUUCAGUGGGAUGCCUCACAUUGAGAGAGAAGAGCUGACGCCCGAGGAAAGUGACCAACUGCUUCUCCCAGGUGGCCGCCCCCCAUUGUGGAAACACAUGGAAUCCAUUGGGGCAGUAGGGUUGCAGCAAAGGGAAGGAGUUCCUAGCUGCUCCCAGAAGGGCUUGCCUUGCCCCUCAGACAGCUCUGAGCUGGUGCUGGAAUGCCUACAGCAAUUCAAGGUAACACAGACACAGCUGCAGCAGAUCCAAACCAGCCUCCUGGGCUCUAUGGAGCAGGCACUAGGGGGGCAGGCCAGCCCUGCUUCCACUGUCCGGAUGCUGCCCACAUAUGUGGGGUCCACCCCACAUGGCACUGAGCAAGGAGAUUUUUUGGUGCUGGAGCUGGGGGCCACAGGGGCCUCACUGCGUGUUCUGUGGGUGACCCUGAUGGGCACUGAAGGACACAGGAUGGAGCCCCGGAGCCAGGAGUUUGUGAUCCCCCCAGAGGUGAUGCUGGGUCCUGGUCAGCAGCUCUUUGACUUUGCUGCCCACUGCCUGUCUGAGUUCCUGGAUGCAUUCCCUGUGAGCACUCAGGAUCUGCAGCUUGGGUUCAGCUUCUCCUUCCCUUGUCACCAGACAGGACUGGACAGGAGCACCCUCAUUUCCUGGACCAAAGGUUUUAGGUGCAGUGGUGUGGAAGGCCACGAUGUGGUCCAGUUACUACGAGAUGCCAUCAAGAGGCAGGGGGCCUACAACAUCGAUGUGGUUGCCGUGGUGAAUGACACAGUGGGCACCAUGAUGGGCUGCGAGCCAGGGGUUGGGCCUUGUGAGGUCGGGCUUGUUGUAGACACUGGCACCAAUGCAUGUUACAUGGAGGAGGCAAGGCAUGUGGCGGUGCUGGAUGAGGACCGGGGUCGUGUCUGCGUCAGCGUUGAGUGGGGCUCCUUCGGCGAUGAUGAAGCCCUGGGACCAGUGCUGACCACAUUUGACCAUGCCUUGGACCGAGAGUCCCUGAAUCCUGGUGCCCAAAGGUUUGAGAAGAUGAUUGGGGGCUUGUACCUGGGUGAACUGGUGAGGCUUGUGUUGGCUCACCUGGCCCAGCGAGGAGCCCUCUUUGGCGGCUGCACCUCCCCUGCCCUGCUGAGCCGAGGCAGCAUUCUCCUACAGCAUGUGACUGAGAUGGAGGACCCCUUGGCCGGGGCAGCCCGUGUGCAUGCUAUCCUGCAGGACUUGGGCCUGAGCGUGGGAGCCUCGGAUGCUGAGCUUGUGCGGUACGUGUGCACAGCCGUGUUUACUCGGGCUGCCCGGCUCUGUGCUGCUGCCCUGGCUGCUGUUCUCUCCCGCCUCCAACACAGCCGGGAGCAGCAGAUGCUUCAGAUCGCUGUGGCCACCGGAGGCCGAGUGUUUGAGCGACAUCCCAGUUUCCUCAGCAUCCUGCAGGAGACCGUGAUGCUCCUGGUCCCUGAAUGUGACGUCUCCUUCAUUCCCUCUGUGGACGGGGGCGGCCGGGGCGUGGCAAUGGUGACUGCUGUGGCUGCCCGCCUGGCUGCUCACCGACGCCUGCUGGAAGAGACCCUGGCACCAUUCCGGUUGAACCGUGAACAGCUGGCAGCAGUGCAGGCACAGAUGCAGGAGGCCAUGGCCAAGGGGCUCCAAGGGGAGGCCUCAUCUCUCCGAAUGCUGCCCACUUAUGUACGGGCCACGCCUGAUGGCAGUGAGCGUGGGGACUUCCUGGCCCUGGACCUUGGGGGCACCAACUUCCGGGUCCUCCUGGUACGUGUAACUGCAGGAGGUGUGCAGAUCACCAGCCAGGUCUACUCCAUCCCAGAGUGUGUGGCCCAGGGCUCUGGACAGCAGCUCUUCGACCACAUUGUGGACUGCAUUGUGGACUUCCAGCAGAAGCAAGGCCUGAGUGGGCAGAGCCUCCCCCUGGGUUUCACCUUCUCCUUCCCAUGCAGGCAGCUUGGCCUGGAUCAGGGCAUCCUCCUAAACUGGACAAAGGGUUUCAAUGCAUCAGACUGUGAGGGCCAAGAUGUUGUGUGUCUGCUGCGGGAAGCCAUUGGGCGAAAACAGGCAGUGAAGCUGAAUGUGGUUGCCAUUGUCAAUGACACGGUGGGGACCAUGAUGUCCUGUGGCUAUGAGGAUCCCCGUUGUGAGGUCGGCCUCAUCGUUGGAACUGGCACUAAUGCCUGCUACAUGGAGGAACUUCGGAAUGUGGCAAGUGUGGCUGGGGAUUCAGGCCACAUGUGCAUCAAUAUGGAGUGGGGAGCCUUUGGGGAUGAUGGCUCUCUGGGCUUGCUCAGAACCUGCUUUGAUGCAAAUGUGGACCAGGCAUCCAUCAACCCUGGCAAGCAGAGUUUUGAGAAGAUGAUCAGUGGCAUGUACCUUGGGGAGAUCGUCCGCCACAUUCUCUUGCAUUUGACCAGCCUUGGAGUUCUCUUCCGGGGCCAGCAGACCCAGCGCCUUCAGACCAGGGACAUCUUCAAGACCAAGUUUCUCUCUGAGAUUGAAAGUGACAGCCUGGCUCUGAGGCAGGUCCGAGCCAUCCUGGAGGAUCUGGGACUGCCCCUGACCUCAGAUGAUGCCCUGAUUGUUCUGGAGGUGUGCCAGGCUGUGUCUCAGCGGGCUGCCCAGCUCUGUGGGGCGGGUGUGGCUGCUGUGGUGGAGAAGAUCCGUGAGAACCGGGGCCUAGAAGAGUUGACUGUAUCCGUGGGGGUGGAUGGGACCCUCUACAAGCUGCACCCCCACUUCUCCGGCCUGGUGGCAGCCACAGUCAGGGAGCUAGCCCCUCGCUGUGCGGUCACCUUCCUGCAGUCAGAAGAUGGGUCUGGCAAAGGUGCAGCCCUGGUCACUGCGGUUGCCUGUCGCCUUGCCCAGAUGGACCAUGUUUGAAGAAGUCUCCAGGAACUACCCUUGCUGGACCAGGGCCCAGGUCCUACCUGUCCCCAGCUACCCAGGACUCCCAGAAUAGCCCAAAUGUGGCCAUUCUGUGGCCACUAGCCUUGAUCUCUGGCUUUCUCAGAGAGAAGUAGCACUUGGGUUAGCAAUAUAUAUAUAUAAUUUAUUUACAUUCACGUCCGCUAAAAUCCCUACGCACCCCGGCGGCCGGGCAAGGCUGUGUACAUAAGGCCAAGUGUAAGUGCACGAAUGCACUUAAGACAGAGUCAGGGCACGAGCUUCACACAACAGACCCCGCAUGGGGGAACCGGCCAGCCCCAGGAGCGGGCACGCCACGGCACGCACACUUGCCAUUGUCCAGCCCGGGACUCCCAUUGCAUAUUCACAUGCCCUGUUGGGCAGGGCUCCUCCAGGCUGGGGGUAGGGGGAAGAUCAGGGAGGAGCCAUUGGGUGUCCCUGGGUGGGUGGGAGAAGGGCAGCAUGUGAGAGGCAGAUGUGGACUGAUACUGGGUGUGAGAGACGUGAGUGGCCUCCAGGUGUACAGCAUGAGAUGAGCGUGUGUGUGUGUGUGUGUGAGAGGGGGAGUAUGUGAGAUGAGAACACGAGACAUGCAUGGGCACAUGCCCGUGCGGUGGUCGUGUGCCUGAACCCAGGGGCCGCCCCUUGUCCAGCUGUGGCCCUCAAUCUAACAGGCUUGAAGCCAGGCCCCUCAGAUGUGCCCCUACCUGGCAGGCACAGAAAUGUUUGCAUAAGGUCCAGCUCAGGCAGGAGCUCUGGGGGCCAUGUCCCGAGCCCAGCGUGUGCGCGCAUGCCCGUGUGUAUGCGGCCUCCUGGCCAGGGGCAGGAGGAGAGGUAGCAUCACACGCACAUACACACA